AUGUCAGUUUUCCAUACUUUGUUAUUAGGAGCCACGGGUCUUACCGGGAGUUUGGUCUUCCAGCAUUUCGCGUCUUUACAUUCGUAUUUAUCUUGGGUGGAUCUAGCUAACUUGAAAGAUGACCUAGAAUUGAAUCAUUAUGUUCUUGUUAUUUCAAGGUCAUCCUUCGAUUUAAGAGAUACAGUCAAACUUGCUUUUGACGAAUUACAAAAUUCGGAUUUGGUUGAAUGGCAUUAUAGUUUCUUUCAUGAUGAUGACGAAAAUGAUAAUCAAAGUGUUAUCACAUAUUCCACAAGGUUAAAUGACGCUGUUUCGGUAAAUAUCAACGUUUUAGUUUCAACGAUACAGGAGCCAGACUCCACCAAAUGGGCCGAAAUUAUCCCAAAACGUUUAUCAACUUAUGACGGUUUAACGAAUUUGAGUGUCAUCUCAUGCCUAGGGUCUACCUCUCUAGGAUCAAAAAAGAGCGGUGUGCCGAGGGAAUGGGUGGAUAAAACCUUAAAUUUUGAAAUUUUAAAGGCUGUGACGGAUAACGUUUCUAUAUCAAAAAAAGUUACACAGUAUAUUGCAGUAACUAGUUUCAAUAACCCUGCUCUUUCAAAAUUGUUCCCAUAUUUCAAAGCUAAGCAGGAAUUCGAGAGUGACGUUAAACUGUUGUUGGAAAAAUCGGAAACAUGCAACAGUGCAAUUAUCCUUAGACCAGGGCCAUUGAUUGGAAAACACGGAUCAACUCCAGUUUUCGUUACUCCAGAACUUGAUGAUCAUCUUUUACGCAGUGUUCUAAAAUAUAAAAAGGCCAUUUUAAGUCAUUAUGCUACAAGAAUUAAGCUGUGGCAAGAUGUCGGUAUAGCCACCAGAGCAUCUGAAUUGGUCGCUCAAAUUUCUUAUAAAGUUCCAGGGGCAAGAUUGGUUGGGUACCCUGUUAAGGCCAAUGACUGUGCAAUAGUUAUUGCUUCAGAACGUAUUGCCAAUGCUUUGGGCAAACAUUCGUCCCAUGUUAAAUUCAGAAUAAUUAAUAGUCAAGAGAUAGAUUCCUACAAAGCAGAAUUUUCAAAUUCAGGUGCAGAUUCCGUACAAGCGUUACCUCUUUCGCCAGCUCCUGUUUUGGUGUUCAAUAACCUUUUAUCCUAA